CAGGAUCCUGUGGGCACUGACAUCCAGCACACUCAUGCCCAUUUCCUGUAAUGGACAAACUUGAUGCAAAUGUGAGUUCCAGCGAGGGUUUUGGGUCCGUGGAGAAGGUCGUGCUGCUAACAUUCCUCUCAGUGGUUAUCCUGAUGGCCAUCCUGGGCAACCUGCUGGUGAUGGUGGCUGUGUGCAGGGACAGGCAGCUCAGGAAAAUAAAAACCAAUUAUUUCAUUGUGUCUCUUGCCUUUGCCGAUCUGCUGGUGUCGGUGCUGGUAAUGCCUUUUGGUGCCAUUGAGCUGGUCCAAGACGUCUGGAUUUAUGGGGAGAUGUUUUGCCUGGUCCGGACCUCUCUGGAUGUCCUGCUCACCACAGCAUCAAUUUUUCACCUGUGCUGCAUCUCACUGGACAGGUACUAUGCCAUCUGCUGCCAACCCUUGGUUUACAGAAGCAAGAUGACCCCUGUCCGCAUUGCACUGAUGUUGGGAGGCUGCUGGGCCAUUCCCAUGCUUAUAUCUUUUCUCCCCAUAAUGCAAGGCUGGAACAACAUCGGCAUAGUUGAUGUGAUAGAGAAAAGGAAACUCAACCACAACUCUAACUCGACAUGCUGUGUCUUCAUGGUCAACAAGCCCUAUGCCAUCACCUGCUCCGUUGUAGCCUUCUACAUCCCGUUUUUCCUCAUGGUGCUGGCCUAUUACCGUAUCUAUGUCACCGCUAAGGAGCAUGCCCAGCAGAUCCAGAUGUUACAACGAGCAGGAGCCACCCCGGAAAGCAGGCCCCAGCCAGCUGACCAGCACAGCACACAUCGCAUGCGGACAGAGACCAAGGCAGCCAAGACUUUAUGCGUCAUCAUGGGCUGCUUCUGUUUCUGCUGGGCCCCCUUCUUUGUCACCAAUGUCGUGGACCCGUUCAUAGACUACACUGUCCCCGAGCAGGUGUGGACUGCCUUCCUCUGGCUUGGCUACAUCAAUUCAGGGUUGAACCCCUUUCUCUAUGCCUUCUUGAAUAAGUCUUUCAGACGUGCCUUCCUCAUCAUUCUCUGCUGUGAUGAUGAACGCUACAGAAGACCCUCCAUUCUGGGCCAGACUGUCCCCUGUUCAACCACAACCAUUAAUGGAUCCACACAUGUGCUAAGGUACACCGUUUUGCACAGUAGACAUCACCAGGAACUGGAGAAACUGCCCAUCCACAAUGACCCAGAGUCCCUGGAGUCAUGCUUUUGAUGGACGACAUGGCUUGCCAUCAGGCUAGCCAUUCCCAUUCAUGUCUGCAUGAACAGGACCCCCUGGACACACUCUUGACCCUGGUCAUCACCAGUGACGCAUGAAGUAUGGGGUACCAGGGCCCAGUGAAGAUACACGGAAGGUGGUGUUGAGUGGAACCUGGAUCCAGCACGUCAAGGACUUCCGAAUUGUGUGGGGACUUCAGGCAUCGUCAGACCCAGAGUCGUACCAGAGUCCGAGGGGCAGCUUUCAUUGCAUACUGACAUGAGGACAGUCUCUGCUCGCACCUCUCCAGGGACAGGAGCUCACUACCUCCUAACGCAGCCCCUUCUGUGGUGGGAAUGCUCUAAUCAUGUGGAAGCUCUGUCGUUCAUUGGCACACGAGUCUGCUGUGCUCUAGCUUCUGUCAGGACAGAGCGGUUCGAUCUCCUCUUCCUGUCAGAAAGCCUUAGAUAUUGGAAAGAAAUGACCCACCUCCCCCCACCCACCCCUUAGUCUUCUCUCUCAGUGAAACACCUUCAGUUCCCUCUUCUUUCCAGCAGUCUUCUGGACCGCUUUGCUGGGUCCAGAUGUCUGUCCAGAAGCACUGAAGUACUGACAUGAAGG